AUGAUGAAUUUACUUCAGGUGAUGCGUGACCACUGGGUUCAUGUACUUGUCCCUAUGGGAUUUGUUAUCGGAUUUUAUCUAGACAAAAGGAAUGACAAAAAACUAACUGCCUUCCGGAACAAGAGUAUGUUAUUUAAAAGGGAAUUGAGACCCAGAGAAGAAGUUACCUGGAAGUAG